AUGAAAUUUCCCUUCCCUCAUUGUGACCAUUAUCGCCGUGGAGACCUACGUGCGUGCAAAGUAAAUCGUAAAAAGCAAAUGACCAGCAAAUAUAAACAGUCAGAGAUCUUGCUGUUCCAAAUGUUUCACCACUCCACACCCAGCACACACAACCUCCCCACCCUCGGCGACCACCCAAACGUCAGCGUCACUCUCGAAUACAACAGCCGCUCCUCCACGUCCCUCAGCGAAUCGUUAUCAAGCCUAGUCAGCACCUUCCACGACUCAUAA